CUCUUCCAGCCGACGCACCACCAUCAACAGCGAUCGUACCCAUGCAUCCGUCGUCGUCUUGAGGCUUGGGUGGACCAUUGCACACAGACAUGUAGGAGAGGCAACUCAGAUCGUAGAGCGUACAGUAUAUUCCAGGCGUAUCUCGGACGUUUCACUUUGCAUUUGCCCUUUCGCCACGAUGAAGACAGUCGUACUUUCGUCGCUCUUCCUCGCCGCCAACGCCGAGGUCUACUCGGUGCUCUUCACGACCCAAGCCGGCAACGUGACCAUUGACGUCCACGAGGACUGGGCGCCGCUCGGCGCCGCCCGCUUCAAGGAGCUCAUCGCCGACAAGUUUUUCGACAACUCGGCGUUCUUUCGGUAUGUGCCCAACUUUGUCGCGCAGUGGGGCAUCGCGGCCGACCCAAAGAUCAACGACAAGUACGGCAACAUCACGGACGACCCGCGCAACUUUGCUGUCUCGAACCUCGCGGGCACGAUCGCGUAUGCGAUGGACGAAGCGCCCAACACGCGCACGACGCAGGUGUACGUCAACUUUGCCAACAACUCGCGCCUCGACGCAAAGGGCUUUACGCCGUUCGCGAUCGUCACGAGCGGCCUCGACGUGCUCCAAAACAAGAUCUACGCCGGCUACGGCGAGGAGCCCGACCAGGAUAAGAUCUAUGCCGAGGGCGAGGCGUACCUCAAGCGCGAGUUUCCGUUGCUGACGCACAUUACGAGCUCGAGCUUUGUCCACGACAAGUGCUAAUUGUGGUCCUAAUUGUAGUACGACUGUCUGUUUGUGUUGACGGCAGCGCGUGUUUUUCGAAAUGUGCGAGAGACCAGCGGUCUGGCGGCAACGCACGGGGACGGGACGUGGACAUGACCAGAUUUUGAACGCCACCAGAUUCUGAAAUACAGUCGACUCCCUCUAAGUGCAUACCACUGAAACUCGAUAAAACUCUUCCCGUUAUAUAUCAC